UGACUCGGAACCGAAGUUUGGUACCUUAGGAACACUUGCAUCCUGUUGAUCCAGACUUCUCACAAGGUAAAAAAGAAAAGAAAAAAAAGAAGGAAAGCCUUUCCCUUACACAUGGCGACAAUGAAAAAUCUUAGGGUUUUCUUCUUCGCUCUCCUCCUCCUCGCUUCUCCUCUCCUACAAGUGGCCAAGUGUCAGUCAGAUUCUGAGGCAGAAAUCGCAGGAAGUGGUGAAGAAGUGAGUGAUCUUGGUAUCGUUGGUGAGGAUGCCCAUGACGAUUUCGGCGAUGGGAGUUUUAGUCCAGCUCCUGGAGUUAAUACUGUUUGUGUUUUCCCCAAAAAUAGUGCCCGUGUGGUGCCAGCUGGGGAAGAGACUGAAGUACUUGUUGGAGUGAAGAAUGAUGGGGACUCUAGCAUAAAUGUCAUCGCCGUCAAGGCCAGUGUUCAUCUUCCUUUUGAUCAUCGUCUGCUGGUUCAGAACCUUACUGCUCAGGCCUUCAACAAUGCAACUGUUCCUGCCUCAGCACAGGCUACUUUCCCAUAUAUCUUUGCUGUCAGCAAGUACUUGCAGCCUGGAAGCUUUGAUCUAGUGGGCACCAUUAUUUAUGAGAUUGACCAGCAUCCAUACCAAAGCACCUUCUACAAUGGUACCAUUGAAGUUGUUGAGUCUGGUGGAUUCCUCAGCAUUGAGUCAGUUUUUCUGGUCACCCUUGGGAUUGCCCUUCUUGUACUCCUUGGUUUAUGGAUUCACGGUCAAAUACAGAACCUUUCUAAGAAAACAAAGAGGGCUCCAAAGGUGGAAGUUGGAACUGGUACUAGGGAUGUGUCAUUGGAUGAGUGGCUUCAGGGAACUGCCUACACUCAGUCAUUGUCCAACAAGUCUAAGAAGAAGAAGUAGAUGUGUUCACAGCCUAUUUAGUUGCAGGAGGCACUGGACAGACAUGUUUAACUCACGAUAGGCAAAUGAAGAAAGAUCUAAAAGAGCCCUCAAGUUAAAACUAGCUUUUAAAUUUAGGCCAGAGAGGCGACAUGUUUUACUGUUGUAUCCAUUUUAAUUCUACCGAGAAUUUUGGAAGUCGAGAGCCAUUUCUCUUUUUUUUUUUUUCUUUUUUUUGGAGGAAGACUAGCUCCCAUUUUGAGCCUAGAAGGAUAUACAAUUUUCUUGAACCUUAAUGGAUAAUGUUCUCACAUCAAUCUUAUCACAUGCUCAUCUUUCCAUUCCAGUA